AUGUUGCAUUGGAAUGGUGGAGAAAGAAGGAAGACACCAUACGCAUGUAACGUGUGUAAGAAGCGGAAAGUUAAAUGUGACAAGCUGAUACCGUGCACCAGUUGUAUUCAAAAGGGUCUGGAAAAUGAAUGUUUGACUUCAGUAACUUCAAAGUUUACCACCGAUGCCGUUCAUUCGGAGUCUGAAUAUCUACCAAGUUUACUCCAAUUGUGGCAAAGUUACGAAUAUUGGGUCUUGGAUAUCGGACUAUUUAAAACUGCUAAUAUCAACCCAACCAAAAAAAAAGUGGAUCUUGGUGUGAGUUUAUAUGAAUGUCAAUUUUGGAUGAAAUUCUUAAACACUGAGCAGUCUUACAAACUACUGAAUUUUGCUGUGGAAAAACUAGGUUCAUUGUAUUUCGGAUGCCUGGGUGAUUUAAAUGAGUUAUAUACCUCAUUGGAACAUUAUUGGCGAAGAAGAGAGGAAAGUGACCCUACAAACAACUCUAUUACUUUUACCUCCGAUGACUACUAUUCAGAUGCUUUAUUAUGGGCAGUCUUUACGAUGAGUAUUUAUUAUAUGCCACUUGAGGAGAUUUCAGAAGGGUUGAACCCAAGAGAGAUAUGUCAAUGGUUGGAAAUCGACGAAGUAGAGGAGUGGGAUGAUGCCUUGGCGUAUGAAAUGUUUAAAGGGUUUACCAAUACUACCAUCACUCAAUUGAAUAAAGCAAAUUUUCUUGCCUACCCAGAUCUGCGACUGUUACAAACAUACAUUAUUUUGACUAAUACUAGUUUCCCUUUCUUAAACCAUGUAUUAGCUGAUAGUUUAAUAAUGCAAUGCAUGCAUGUGGCAAAGUUUUUUAACAUUGAUUUCUUCAAACCAUUUGCAGAUGAUGAUGCUGUUUUGGGCAUAUCUAAGAAUAGGUUUUCAAAGAUAUGGUAUAUGUUGUGUGUUGCAGAUUAUAAUCAAUCAGGUCCCUGCAAACAAAUAUCUUUUCACACAGAAAUUCCAUCAAUGUUAUUAAAUGCAACUUUUUACGAAGACCUUCCUGCAAGUGAUAUUUUCCGUCAAGAUAGUAAUUUUGAACUAAUUUGCUGGAAAUUAGUAUCUUUAGAAAGAGAUCUAGAUGAUACACUAAAUAAAGUUUCUAAACCACGUUUAUCGAAACUAGAUAAUGUAAGGAAAGAAUUAGGAAACGUUCAGCAUCAAAUUGAUUCAAGGAAAGAAAAGAAGAAUGCAAAGAAGAAAAAAGACGAAACAGUCAACGAACAAUUUGCAACGUUUCUAACGUCGUUUUUGGUUACUGGGGUAUCGUGGAAGAUUUACAAAUCAUAUUUGAUUUAUUACAAUGAUGAACAGGCGUUGUCACAUUCCAUUCACCAUGCCAAAAAUUUAAUCUUUUUAAUGGUAAAAAAUGUCAAAGAUGAAAAUUCAAGUUUUAAUAAACAUCCUUACGUUUUACGUUUAAUUUCGAAAGUUGCACCUUUUUACUCAUUUCAUUCGAUCUUUGAAAAAACAGAACAGGUAGAACAAAUCAAUUCUGAUUUUAAAGAACUAGUUUCAAGUCUACCCUUAAUGUUUGGUGAGAAAAUUGUCAAUUUAGAUUUUAUGUUGGAUAGGUUCAACGCAUUGAGUAUAAUCUGGGAAAAUGUUAAGGUUAUAGGGUCUGGGAUAACUGCGAUCCAUCCAGUAUUUAAGAUCUUACAAAAUGAUAUGAAGUUCUGCACGAGGUAUAACAGAAGAAUUCCAGUUGUAAUUAAAGGAACGAAGGCAAUUGCUCCUCGAAAAAGAUAUAACACAGGAGAAGAUGAAGAUACUAAUUUUCAAGAGAAUGAUGAUGAAGAACUUGAUAAUGCCGUGCUUGAAACAGAAGAAUUCAAACUUGUGGUAUCUACGUUUGAAAAUGAAUAUAAUAUUGAUAAGCUAGUGGCCUAA